AUGGAGAAUUUAAUCCUCAAACAAGCUCUUAUCAUGCUCCUAAUAAUAUUUUCAUCACCAAUAUUGCGUACUCAGGCCCGAAUCCUCCAUGCAGAUAGAGUUGCAAACAUGGGCACUAUAAAUAGUCAGGUUCUCCUACGUGAGCUCGGGUUUGAUCUCUCCAAGUUCGAAGGAUAUAAUGAAAGGAGGUUUUUAGUAGAUUCGGAAAGGGUUUCACCGGGAGGACCUGACCCGCAACAUCAUUGAAUGAUCUAUACGGAUAUUUUACUUGACCGGAGAUUCAAGCACAAUAAUUGUGACUGAUCCAUGCAGGUCAUCUAAUAUCGACAUUUAUAUGCUUUUCUUCUCUCGUUUUCCCCUUCAUAAAUCUGACGUACAAUUUUGUUGUAUCAAGGUUUUGGUGUUCUUGUACCUCCUUGUCUUAAUACAUCAAACUUUUUCUCUGUAUGUUUUCGUGUGUCUCCAAUGAGUUACCUUUUAUGUAACAGCAAUUGGCUUAUAAAUAAUAUUCCCCGGUUUGAGUUUUACUUUUUCAUUUAUAAGGAAAAAAAAGUAAAGGUAGAGAAUAUAGUAAUUGAAAUUAGCAGUUCCAUAUACAUAUGAUCAAAACGAUUACUUAGAGAGAUUUGAUGGCCAAACUAUUAAUUUAAGUUUUAUAAAA